CGUCCACGUGAUGAGUCAGCUGACUUUCUGUGCUUUUCAGAAGACCGUGCAGAGAGGCUGAUCAUAACAAGCACCCACGGAAGAGGACACAGCAGGGCUUGUUUCUCAGCAAUCUUUGGGGAAGUUGGAGCAGAACUCUCUUAUAUCAGUCUGCCUUGUGUUUACCUCACCCGGGGAAGAAGACAACGACCCUCCGGCUUCCAACAAUCAUUUCUCAGAGGACACUUGCUGUCAGUCAGGACCAUGCAGCUCCCCUCGCUGCCCCCCUCCUGUUUCCUGAUCGCCUGCACCGUGGUUGUGUUUUUCGGGUCCUGUGAUCCAGCACUGACCUCCGAGCAGUCCAGGCUGGUGUUGAUGGAGCAGUUUAGUCACCCUGGGGUCGGAUUUACCUGGAGGAAUGUCACCUGCCCUUUAUGCAAAACCGUGUUUACCAUCCUUGAUAUCGCCCUUCUGAGUGACACCAACGAAGAGCGAGUGGCGCGUGCAGUAAGAGAGGUGUGUAUCCGUCUCCACCUGGCAGAAGAACAGGUGUGUCGGCAAAUAACAGAGUUGUUCAGGGACGACUUUAUCCGGGCCCUGCAACAGUCCUUGCUGUGGCCCACUGAAGCGUGUGCCCUCCUGCUGGGGUCCUCCUGCGGCAAAUUCGACAUCUACGCCCCCUGGAACCUCACCCUGCCGAAGGUCCCUAAGCCUCCUGUGACACCACCCUCUCCUCCCAAACCUGGAUCUCCACAGAGCAGAGUCCUGUUUCUAACUGACAUCCACUGGGACCAGGAGUAUGCAGUGGGUAGCCCUGCAGAUUGCAAGGACCCUCUGUGCUGUCGUACAGACUCAGCUACUCCCAAGUGGAGGCGAAGGGAGGCUGGGUACUGGGGAACCUACAGUAAGUGUGACCUGCCUCUGCGGACGGUGGAGAACCUGCUGGAGAAUGCUGCCAGAGACGGACCCUGGGACUGGGUCUACUGGACCGGAGACAUCCCAGCACACAAUGUGUGGUCUCAGACCAGGAAACAGCAGCUGUCAGAGCUUACUGUCAUCUCCAGGCUCAUCCACAAACACCUGGGACCCAAUGUGACAGUGUACCCCGCUAUAGGGAACCAUGAGAGCACCCCAGUGAACAGCUUCCCCCCGCCCUUUGUUCAUGGCAACAGGUCCAUGUCCUGGCUUUACGACACGAUGGCAGAGGAAUGGGCAGCAUGGUUACCAGAGCAGGCUUUGAAAACUUUGAGAUACGGGGGCUUCUACACAGUGGAGAUUCAGCCUGGUCUGCGGAUGGUCUCGCUCAACAUGAACUUCUGUGCUCGAGAGAACUUCUGGCUGAUGGUGAACUCUACAGAUCCUGCUAACCAGCUGCAGUGGCUGGUCCAUAUUCUCCAGGACAGUGAGAACAAGGGAGAGAAGGUUCAUAUCAUCGGUCACAUCCCACCGGGCCUCUGUCUUGGCAGCUGGAGCUGGAACUACUAUCACAUUCUAAACCGAUAUGAAAGUACAAUAACUGGGCAGUUUUUUGGCCACACACACAUGGAUGAGUUCCAAAUGUUUUAUGACGAGUCCACAAUGAGCCGCCCAUUAGGAGUUGCGUUCAUUGCUCCCAGUGCCACUACUUACAUCAAUCUUAACCCAGGUUUCCGUGUUUAUUACGUGGAUGGGAAUUACAAAGGCAGCUCUCGGUUUGUGCUUGACCAUGAAACCUACAUCCUGAACCUCACAAUGGUAAACCACAGUCCAGGAGAGCCAGGGACCCCGGAGCAGAACCCCAAAUGGACCCUGCUGUACCGUGCCACCCAGGCCUACGGUCUGACCAGUCUCUUCCCUUCUGACUACGACGAGCUGAUGCGGAGCUUCGUCAAUGACGACCGGAGCUUCCAGAAGUUCUGGUACUUCAGACAUAAAGGGCACGUGUCAGAACCCUGCAAGGAGACAUGCAAAACGUCACUGUUGUGCUUCCUGCGCAGUGGGCGCUACGACGAGCUGGAGCAGUGUGACCUCCUCAGCGGUUAUAAAGGAGAAAUGGCCCGAGCUGCCAGGAAAACCCUCUGUUGACCUGAGGAAGUUUGGACUUAAUGUGUUGGUGAGGGGAAAAGCUAAAUGACCAAAUGUGAAGCUGAGCUGAACAAUUACUUACUCCUUGGUGAGUCAACAAGGAUUGUUUUUGUUUGAAACUGUAAUUCUCCCUGUGUAGGAUUUUGUAUUCUCACUAAUGUUUCACAAAGGUUGUCACAGUACUUGGGUUUGUCGACUGCUAUUUUGCAAUGCCAGUUUCGUAGAGACAGGUUUUCUGUUUACUCGAAGUCGGGUCAGGGUUGUCAUGACUUUAAUUCUAUUGUACCGGGUGCCUUAUAUCAGGAAAAAUGUGUUUAACAUGUCUAUCCUUAUCGACAAUCUUCCAACUUUUAAAAUGCUGUUCUACUGUAGAGAAGAUUAAUCUUGAAUGUUAAAAAAAGAUAUCAAUGUAAAAGUCUGUGAGAUUAAUAAGGGGGGAGGGCUUCAUGACAACUCUAGACUUUAAAUUGAAUUUCUUCAAAUGGAAAAAUAACAGGAACUUGUAUUAAAAUGUAGUAUUUCUGGCCUUAAAGGUUGUAAAGCAAACUAAUAGUCCACUUAAUGUGGUGUAUUAAUGGUUCUCAGGCUUUAUUCCUCAGGUUUGAGCUUUGCAGAGUUGCUAUGCAGCACACCCUACCCGAUGACCUGCACUUUGUAUGGAUUUAGCUUGUUAAAGUAGUUAUCACCAUCUGCCUCGGCAAAGAAGCCUCAUUACGGUUUACUUCUGUCUGCACUUUAUUUGUUGUCUAACGUCCAGGUUUGGUAGACCCCAAGUGGGACAAGCCUGGGAAGGCUUUCAGCUGUUGGUAUGCAACCUGUGCUGUAUUACAAGUGUGACAAGUAAUGCAACUUGUAAAAUGAGCAAUGAUUUAAAGACUGUAUUAAGGAUGAAUAAAAUACGUAUGUGGA